ACUAACUCGCCGUGCGCCCGUGCCUUGCAACCCAUCCAUCCCCGCUUCCCCCAACAAACCGUGCGUCUUCCCCCCUCCGCUGGCGACGGCGGCGAGGUGAGGCGACUGACCACCGAAAUCGGGCCCUCUCCGGCGACCGCCACCCCGGCUUCCAGCCAGGAGCAAUGGCUCUGUCUUCGCCGAUACGGAUUUCCCUCAUUGUUUCGUUCUUUGGGAUUCUGGCGUUCGUGCUUGGCGUCAUCGCGGAAAACAAAAAGCCUGCUGCUGGGACUCCUAUCCAAGGAAAGGAUGUUGUCAUCUGCAAGUUUCCAAGUGAUCCAACUAUUGCAAUGGGAAGCCUGUCCCUUGUGGCGCUCGUUGUAGCUGCCAUUGUAGGACACGUUGCUAUCUUUUUCCCGUACUCGGGCAAGUCAGUACCUCGUGGAGCGCUCUUUCAAAGCACCAGCUUGACUGUGUUCUUCGUUGUUGCAGAGCUUGUCUCGGCCCUGGCUAUUGCAAUGUUGCUCUGGGCAACUGUUACUGAGGGCCUUCACCGCAGCAACACAAUCCACCACGACAUGACUUACCAGUGCCCUACUGCAAAGACUGGCCUGUUUGGUGGCGCCGCUUUCCUUGCCCUAGAUGCUGCUCUCUUCUGGCUUGUUUGCCAGAUGCUGGCCCUCAAUGCAAGGGCUGAUUACCUGGAUGAGGAUGACAACAAGGGUGAAUAUGGCCAGGUUUACGCUGCUGAAGUUGAUGGCUCGAAGGUCUGAGCCCGUGUGAUCAUCACAUCGUCAGAGUUUUAUGAUUAGUGCCACUUAACUGUAUUAUGUCGUCAACAAAGUCACUGUAGCUCUCUUAAAUUUGUAUAUACGUGUGAUGCUGGCUGCGAAGUCGUAAGGCUAUUACUUAUUCUGCAUUUUCAGAUUUCAGUGUGAACAAUAAACUGCAUUCUCAAUACAAUUGGUUUGCUACUUCCCAAAGUGAACUUAA